GGGGUUGCUUGGCCAGUGAAACCCCCGCGCUCUCGGCUGCGAGGACUUGCUUUUUACGGCGACAACAGGCUUUGUGGGCUUCCGGCCGGAGGCCAUUAGACGAGACACCGGAAGGCGGAAGUGCUGGGGCGGAAGUGGCCGGGAGAAAAGGAGAAUGGCGGCCGGAGACUGGUUUUGGCGCUGGGGCUGGGGCCGGCGUUGCCUGGGAAGGCCUGGGCCUCCCGGCCCCGGCCCCGGCCCCACUACACCCCUACUUCUUGUCCUCCUCCUGUUGCUGGGGUCAGUGACUUCAGAUAUAACUGAUGGCAACAGUGAACACCUCAAGCGCGAGCAUUCGCUCAUCAAACCCUACCAAGGGGUCGGUUCCAGCUCCAUGCCCCUCUGGGACUUCCAGGGCAGCACUAUGCUCACGAGCCAGUACGUGCGUCUGACCCCUGACGAACGCAGCAAAGAGGGUUCUAUCUGGAAUCACCAGCCCUGCUUCCUCAAGGACUGGGAGAUGCACGUCCACUUCAGGGUCCACGGCACAGGCAAGAAGAACCUCCAUGGGGACGGCAUCGCCCUGUGGUACACCCGGGACCGCCUCGUGCCAGGACCUGUGUUUGGAAGCAAAGACAACUUUCACGGCUUAGCCAUCUUCCUGGACACGUAUCCCAAUGAUGAGACCACUGAGCGCGUGUUCCCGUACAUCUCUGUGAUGGUCAACAAUGGCUCCCUGUCCUACGACCACAGCAAGGAUGGGCGCUGGACGGAGCUGGCGGGCUGCACGGCCGACUUGCGCAACCGGGACCACGACACCUUCCUGGCUGUGCGCUACUCUCGGGGCCGCCUGACGGUGAUGACAGACCUGGAGGACAAGAACGAGUGGAAGAAUUGCAUCGACAUCACCGGGGUGCGCCUGCCCACCGGCUACUACUUCGGAGCCUCGGCCGGCACCGGUGACCUAUCCGACAAUCACGACAUCAUCUCCAUGAAGCUGUUCCAGCUGAUGGUAGAGCACACCCCCGACGAGGAGAACAUUGACUGGACCAAGAUCGAGCCCAGUGUCAAUUUCCUCAAGUCUCCCAAAGACAACGUGGACGACCCCACGGGGAACUUCCGCGGCGGGCCCCUGACGGGCUGGCGGGUGUUCCUGCUGCUGCUGUGCGCGCUCCUGGGCAUCAUCGUGUGCGCCGUGGUGGGGGCCGUGGUGUUCCAGAAGCGGCAGGAGCGGAACAAGCGAUUCUACUGAGCGCGCGCCCGCGCGGCCGGCACCAAUGUGAACUUUUUUAUGGGAUUGUAAAAGGAAACAAGACCACAUUAUUUCUUAACUGUUUCACAGAAAUGAUUAAAGUAUUUUCUUACAUUUAGCUUCUUGCCCAGCCAGGACCGGUGGCAGGGCUGAGGAGUAAGGAUUCGGCGCCCCCACAGCUGGGGGCGGGGGCCCUCUCCCCGUUGCUGGCAUCUCAGGAACAAGGGGCGGGGGGAGCCCCCCUUCGAUGGGGGCCCUGGGCUGGGUGUGGUGCGUGUGUGGGGGCGGGGCGCGCCGGCCGGAGCAGGGGGACUGGGCUUUCUGUUCACCCUAGGAGCUUUUCGUUUGGAGAUGUGCCCAAAGGUGAGCCCAGAGGGGCCGAGUGUGACCGUUUGCUAAUAAAGUGAAUUAAGCGAC